AGGUCGGUGAUCAGUACGUAAACGGUGACGGUGAUCAUUCUCGUCAUCUCUCGUGGAUGUGCGCGCCCCUAUCGACCCUUCUCCUCCACCACCACCAUCACUACCUCCUCCUCUUGGUUCUUCCCUUCUUCUUCUUCUUCUCGUCGAUCGUGCGAAUCGCGAUCACGACCCCAAAGCGGAGUGGAGGAAAGUGUGUUAACGGACCGCGCGAGUGCUCUGUGUGUGUGUGCGUGUUGGUGUGUGUUGGAAUCAGCGUCAAUCAGAGAGAGAGAGAGAGAGAAAGAGAGAGAGUGUGUGAGAGAGAGAAAAAGAAGGAGAGCUUGUGGUUUCGGCGCGAUGCACGGAACGGAACGGCGUCGCCAGCGAAGGGUGCACCAUGGGGCUGGUGGUCCGGCUAGUGGUGUUGGCGGUGUCAGUGGCAUAACCGUGGCAGCCUCGGUUCACUCGAACGGUGGUGGUGGCGGCGCUGGCAGCACGCUACUGAGCCAAGCGGCCUCGGUACAUCAACCCUCGAUACACCCGACCGUCUGGGAGAUACUGUCGGCCGAGCUGAUCCUUUCGAAUGAACCGGAGGGAACGCCGGAACUGCCGGCCGCCAAUCGGGCCCUGUUCCUCGAGAAGGUCCGUCAAUCGAACACGGCCUGCCAGAACGGGGACUUCAGUACGGCGGUCCAGCUCUACACCGAUGCGCUCGGGCUGGAUCCGGGCAACCACAUCCUCUACAGUAACCGUUCGGCGGCUCGCCUCAAACAGGGCCAGUUCGCGCUCGCCCUCCAGGAUGCGACACGUGCCCGCGAACUCUGCCCUCAGUGGCCAAAGGCGUACUUCCGCCAGGGUGUUGCCCUCCAGUGUCUCGGCCGGUACGGUGAAGCGCUGGCCGCGUUCAGUGCCGGCCUUGCACAAGAUCCCAACAGUAAGCAGCUGCUGGCGGGGUUGGUCGAAGCAUCGAUCAAAAGUCCGCUCCGGCACGCGCUGGAGCCGACGUUCCAGCAGUUGAAAGCGAUGAAACUGGACCAAUCGCCAUUCGUCGUGAUUUCCGUCGUCGGUCAGGAAUUGCUCGGUGCCGGCCAGUAUCAUGCGGCCGUCACGGUGCUCGAAUCGGCCCUCAGGAUCGGUUCCUGUUCGCUUAAACUGCGUGGUUCCGUGUUUUCCGCCCUCAGCUCAGCCCACUGGGCACUGAAUCAGCUCGAUAAAGCGAUCGCGUACAUGCAGCAGGAUCUGGCCGUGGCCAAAAGUCUCGGCGAUACGGCUGGCGAGUGCCGGGCACACGGGAACCUCGGUUCCGCGUACUUUAGCCAGGGUUCGUACAAGGAAGCGCUAACGUCCCACCGUUACCAGCUGGUGCUCGCGAUGAAAUGCAAGGAUACGCAGGCGGCUGCCGCCGCCCUAACCUCGCUCGGGCACGUCUACACCGCGAUCGGUGACUACCCGAAUGCGCUCGCCUCCCAUAAGCAGUGCGUACAGCUGGUGAAGCAGAUGGGCGAUCGGUUGCAGGAGGCGCGCGAAAUCGGUAACGUCGGUGCCGUGUACCUGGCGAUGGGUGAGUUCGAUUCGGCGGUCGAUUGUCACACGCAGCACCUGCGGUUAGCGCGGAAGCUCGGCAAUCAGGUCGAGGAAGCCCGGGCGUACAGUAAUCUUGGUUCGAGCUACCAUUACAAGCGUAACUUUACGCAAGCCAUCACGUACCACGAGAGUGUGCUGCGGAUCGCGCAGCAGCUGGGUGAUCGAGCGAUCGAAGCCCGGGCGUACGCCGGGCUCGGUCAUGCCGCACGCUGUGGCCAUGAUUUUGUGCAAGCGAAACGGUGGCACGAGAAGCAACUGGAAAUGGCCCUAGCAGCGCGGGAUAAGGUCGGUGAGGGGCGCGCCUGUUCGAACCUUGGCAUCGUGUACCAGCUGCUCGGUGAGCACGAUGCAGCCCUCAAGCUACACCAGGCACACCUGACAAUCGCACGCCAGCUCCAGGAUAAAGCCGGAAUGGGCCGUGCGUACGGGAACAUCGGUAACGCCUACUCAGCCGCCGGUUACUACGAAUCCGCCAUCAAGUACCACAAGCAGGAGCUAAUCAUCAGCAAGGAAGUGCACGACCGCAGUGCCGAAGCAUCGACGCACGGUAAUCUGGCCGUCGCUUACCAAGCCCUCGGUGCCCACGAUAUGGCCCUAAUGCACUACCGGGCACACCUGAACAUUGCGCGCGAACUAAAGGACACUGCGGGCGAGGCAUGCGCCCUUCUCAAUCUCGGUAACUGCCUUAGCUCACGGCAAGAGUUCGCCCAAGCCGUACCGUACUACGAGCAGUACCUGAUGCUCUCCCAGGAACUCGGUGAUGUGGCGGCCGAAGGGAAAGCCUGCCAUUUUCUCGGCUACGCACACUACUGCAUCGGUAACUACCGGGAGGCGGUCCGGUACUACGACCAAGACCUGGCCCUUGCCAAAGAUCUACAGAACAAAAUGAACAUGGGCCGGGCGUACUGCAACCUCGGGUUGGCUCAUCUCGCCCUCGGCAAUACCGGUGGAGCGCUCGAGUGUCAAAAGUACUUCCUAGCGAUCGCCCACAUGACGAACCAUCUGCCCGGGAAGUUCCGCGCCCUCGGGAACAUCGGUGACGUGCUCAUCCGAAUGGGUGACGUCGAUGAAGCGAUCAAAAUGUACCAACGGCAGCUGGCACUCGCACGGCAAACGCGCGAACGGGGCAUGGAAGCGGCCGCCUGUGGUGCCCUCGGUCUCGCCCAUCGUCUGCUGAAAAAGUUCGACAAAGCACUCGGUUACCACACGCAGGAGCUAACGUUGCGCCAGGAAAUGGGCGAUCUACCGGGCGAAUGCCGUGCCCACGGUCAUCUCGGUGCCGUCCAUAUGGCGCUCGGGAACUACACGCACGCCGUCAAAUGCUACCAGGAGCAGCUCGAGCGUGCCCAGGAACUGCAGGAUUCGGCCGUCGAAGCGCAAGCGUUCGGGAACCUCGGCAUCGCCCGCCUUAACAUGGGCCACUACGAGGAUGCGAUCGGUUACCUGGAGCAACAGCUCGGUACACUCGAGCAGGUAAACACACCAACAGCCCAGCACGAUCGUGCCCGUGCCCUUGGCCAUCUGGGCGAUUGUUACGAUGCGCUCGGUGACUAUCACGCCGAAGCAAUCAAAUGCCACGAACGCCAUCUACAGCUGGCGAUCGCACUGCAGAGCGCCCGGGACCAGGAACGGGCGUACCGGGGCCUGGGCAAUUGCUACAAAUCCGUCGGUAACCUACAGGAAGCGCUCGUCUGUCUCGAGAAGCGGCUCGUCGUAGCGCACGAGCUCGGUAGCCCGGAGGCGAAAGCGGCCGCGUACGGUGAUCUCGGUGCGAUCCACAGUGCACUCGGGAACUACGAGCAGGCCAUCAACUGUCUCGAGCAUCAGCGGGACAUUGCCCGUGAUCUCGGCGAUCGGGUACUGACAUCGGACGCACUCAGUGGGCUCGGUGGUGUGUUCCAGCAGAUGGGUGAUUACGAGGAAUCGCUCCGGCUGCACAAACAGGACCUGGAGCUGUGCGAAGCGAUCAACCAUGGUACGCUGCAGGCGAGAGCCUGCGGGAACCUCGGUUCGGUGUACGAUUCGCUGGCCAACUUCCAGGACUCGGCACGGUACUACGAAAAGCAGCUAACGCUAACGGGCGAUCGGUUAACGAAGGCACACGCAUGUCUGGCGCUCGGGCGGGUUUAUCACAUGAUGGAACAGAUCCCACCCGCCAUUAACUUCCUCCGGCAGGGUCUAGCGAUCGCGCAGUCACUGAACAAACUCGAAGAUGAGGCUAAGAUACGGUACCGGCUCGGGAUGUCGCUGCUAGCGUCCGGUGAUGACGAUACGGCCCGCCAGCAGAUGGAAAGUGCUGCCCAGAUACUGGAAUCGAUCCGCAGCGAUCAGGUGACGGCCGAGGCACGUACCGCUCUGUACGAUCUGCAGACCUCCUGCUAUCAGUCACUGCAGCGGGUACUGGUUGGGCUGGGGCGCAACGAGGAAGCGCUGGUCGCGGCCGAACGUUGCCGUUCACGGAUGGGUGCCGAUUCGAACCAGAGUGCCGAAAAUUCGCUCAACAAUCGCAAAACGUUGCUCACGUGCAGUGAGUACAUCUUCGAUACGGUUAAUCGCAGCAAGACGAGCAUCAUCUACUACAGUCUGGCCGGGAAUGAGCUGUACGCGUGGUUCCUUCAGCCUCAGAAGCGCAUCGUACGCUUCCACGCGACGACAAUCGACGAACAGACGCUACCGAUGAAGAAGAAGCAGCUACUGAUGGCGGCGCUCGGUACGGAGAAGAAAAUGAUCGGCGGUGGUGGUGGUGGUGGUGCUGGUCAGCAGCAACAGCAACAUCAACAGCAGCAGGACGGAUCGUUGCAAGGUGAGAGUUUGCUCGAGCAGUACAUCAAUUACGUGCGCGAUAGUUUGGGCGUUAACUCGGGCAGCGUGCUGCAGGAGGGUGAUGGUAGUGGGUGGAAAUCGUCGAACGAGAACCUGAUCGACGAUUUCGCCAACGAGCGGGCCGGCUUUCUGCGGAUGGUCAACCGGAAUCAUCUGAUGAACUCGAGCAACUAUUCGCUCAGUUCGCUGUUUAGUCUCGGUAGUGUCGGUGGUUCCGUCGCAAGUCUGCAGGGUUCAACAAGAUCGAUUGGAAGCCUGCAGGGAUCGACACGAUCGAGACGCUCGAACAUGCUGCCACCGUGGCAGGGACCGUCCUGUCUGCACGUGCUCUACAAUCUGCUGCUUGCACCGUUCGAGGAUCUUCUACCGGACAUUAGCACAACGGCUCGUAUCGGUCGGCGAGAGUUGAUUCUGGUGCUCGAGAAGGAACUGUACCUGGUACCGUUUGCGAUCCUGCGCAGUGGUGAUGAGGAUGGUGAAUAUCUGUCCGAACGUUGCUCACUCCUGACCGUACCAUCGCUCCACACGUUGCGCCAGAAGAGUCGUACGAAAACGCGAGAACCAGCCGAAGGACUAAACAGUGCGCUGGUGAUCGGUGGCCCGAAAAUACCGGCCACCCUAUCGGAAACGUGGGGCUGGUCGGAAUCACCGGCAUCACUGCAAGAGGCGGCCAUGGUGAGCGAUAUGCUCGGCACGAAACCCCUCGUCAGCUCGAACGCCACAAAGGAAGCGAUCGUGGCCGAACUGCCCGGUGCCGAGUGCGUUCACUUUGCGGCCAACGUUAGCUGGAAGCUCGGUGCGGUCGUACUGAGUCCGGGCGAUCUGCUCGACACACCAUCCGCCUCCUCCCAGAAACGGCUCCUGUACGGUGGUUCCGGUUCAACGACACUAUCGAUCACCGCAACGGCGACGACAACGAUGACAACGACAGGGGUAGCGGCAUCAAUGGCGUCCAAUGAGCUACAAUCUUCACUCACCGGCCCUGGUUCGGCCGGUGAUGCCGAUGAUGAUCCAUCGGAUCGACUAUCACCCUCGAACAUGGAGAUACCGCCCCUGUCCGACUUCGUCCUUAGCCGAUCGGAUCUCCAAUCGAUGAAGCUCGGUGCGAAGCUAGUCGUACUGAGCUCGUACCACUCCGUCGAACCGAUCACUGGCCGUGGGGUAGCGAAUCUGGCCAGUAGCUGGCUGUAUGCCGGUACCGGUGCCGUCCUUGUCUCACUCUGGCCCGUCCCCGAGACGGCGGCCAAGAUUCUGCUGCGUGCGUUCUACUCCGCCCUGCUCCAAGGUACCCGUGCCGCCAAAGCACUGGCCGAAGCGAUGCAAACGGUACAGCACACGAAACACUUUGCCCAUCCGGCGAACUGGGCCGGUUUCAUCCUCAUCGGUGGCAACGUGCGGCUCUCGAACAAGGUCGCCCUGAUUGGGCAGGCACUGUGCGAGCUGAUGCGCACCCCGGACAAGUGUCGUGAUGCGCUGCGCGUUUGUCUGCAUCUGGUCGAGAAGAGCCUUCAGCGGAUACACCGAGGUCAGAAGAAUGCCAUGUACACGACACAGAAGAGCAUCGACAAUAAGGCGGGCCCGGUCGGUGGCUGGAAGGAUCUACUGAUGGCCGUCGGUUUCCGCUUCGAACCGGCCGCUAACGGCAUCCCCUCGAGUGUGUUCUUCCCCCAGAGUGAUCCCGAGGACCGGUUGUCGCAGUGUUCGGCCAGUCUGCAGGCUUUGCUCGGCCUCUCACCGACCACACUGCACGCCCUCUCGAAGCUGGUGCAUGGGGCGGAGAUCGCCGAUGAGAUCAUUGGCGUGAUGCGUCACGUGGUGGCCCAGUUCCCAUCGAAGGGUCCCAAUGUUAGCAACACCGCUACACUCCCGAUAGCUGAAGCAGGAAGUGGACAGAUCGUAGGGGGAGGUGAGAGUGCCAUCGAGGUACCGCUCAGUGUGCGACUGUGGCGUGUCUCAGGAUGCCAUGAAUUGCUUGCUUCGCUCGGUUUCGAUCUGAUGGAAGUAGGCCAGGAUCAGGUGACACUGCGAACGGGAAAGCAGGCCAACCGUAGAAACUGUCAGUUCGUCCUGCAGGCCCUGUUGGCCUUGUUCGACACUCAGGAAGCACCCAAGAGCCUCGGUAUCGAAUCGUCGAGCAGUAGCUCCGAAUCGCUGAACGAGGAUGAUUCCGGUGAUGAACAACCGUCAACGGUAGCCAGUGGACAGCAGGAUGCCCAGGCUAUCACAGCAGGCCAUGCACAGCAACAGCAGCAGCAACAGCAACCGGGUUCCACCCAGCAGCAACAACAACAACAACAGCAGCAGCAGCAGCAGCAGCAGCAACAACAGCAACUCAUGAAGGGCUCCACCUCUUCCACCGUCAGUCCUACUCCGACGAAUGCCGACUCACAGCAGCGCAGCAUCUCACCGGCCGUCACGGUCAAGUCACAAUCGAGCUACAACAAUUUUACCAACUCACGCCCGCCAUUACCACUGCGCCGGGUACCGUUCCUUAGCACACGCAGUGCCUUCAUCUCGUACGUACGGCGCCGUGGUGAACCGGAUGGUGGCCAAACGGAAGUCGUCAGUGGCGUGCAGCAGCAGCAGCAGCAGCAGCAACAGCAGCAACAGCAAUCGUCGGCCACGGCACCACUCGAUACAAGCCUUGCCAACACAACCGACAGUGAGCUAUCGGAUGGAUAUACGACGCAGCAGAUCCUGCUCAAGAGCGAUCACCUAGCGAAGGGUCUCGGUUACUCGAGUCUACGAGGUACGAUCAAAGUAUCGCGUCCCGGUGGUGGUGGUGAGAGUGAUGCUGCCUUCACACCGAGCCCGCCGGUUACACUCCAGAACGUCGAUCCGAAUGUGUCGCUAGCGUUGGCCCAUCAAACGCGCAUCAAGAAUCUCUACACGAACAACAAUGGUCACCAUCUUGGACCAGCGCCACCACUACCACCAGGAGUGGCAGCAGCAGCCGCAGGGACAGUGGGGCCAGGAGCAGGAACAGUAACAGGACCACCACCAGCACCAACGAUGGGCAUGACGGCGGCAGGUCUUCUGUCGGGCCAUCACCUCGGAGGUUAUAAUAUCCACGGUGACAUGCCACUCUCCCGAUCCCAUCCGGCCGAUACCGGCCCAGUGCAUCAUCAUCCUAAUCCGGCCACUAACAACCAUCAUCGUCAUCGUCCGGAUAGUUCCAGUUCCGCUAGCUCGGCGACGGAUUGGGAAGGUUCAGGUCAUGCCACAGUGCUUCGACGUGCCCAAGGUCAUCAUUUACCUCCGUUACCACCACCACGCCAAACUCUGCCGAUGGUUGAGAGCCUACGACCGCUGGCACCACUCGCACCCGUCUACAACAACAUCAAUGGAUCGGCUUCCGUUGGAGGUGGUUCCGUCGGUGGAAAGCAGCUCGUUAAUGGGGUCAGUGGUGCCGGUGGCGUUGUAGGACCGAACGGAAACAGAGCACCACCUCCACCGACUCUCUCGUCGAUGCUUGAAUCGACCAGUUCCGAUUCGGAGUUUGAACGAUCGUUCGAUCUACCCGGUGGUUCGAGUGCUGCCUCGAUCAGCAGCAAGCUAACCUCACUCGCCCAUAGUCUGCAGAGUAUGCGAUCGCGCAACAAGCUAGGCCGGCCGCUCGGUGCCGGUACCGGUGCUGGAUCACAUCAUCAGCAACAACAGCAGCAGCAGCAGCAGCAGCAGCUAUCGCACGGUCAUGGUCAGCUGCACCAUAGCCGUACGGCAACCGGUGGUGCUGGUAAGCUGUCGGCUUCAACGCUAACGUCCUUCGAUCAUCAUCAGUUCGGUUUCCUCGAUCGGUUAAGCUGCCGUACGGAGAUUCCUACUGCGGCGACGCUCGGUAAUCAUCUCGGGGUGGCACCGGCCGCACACCGUAAGCUCAUCAACGCCAAUGCCCUCUCGACGUUGCCCGAUGACGAACGGACGCUCAAUCUGAAUGCCAGCAAGCUCUACUUUUCGCCGACCGAUGCCGAAAUCAUUCCACUGUCCGAUGCGACGGCCGAGCUGGGGCUUGUGGGCGGUACCGGUAAGCCUCCGCAUCAUCAACCGCUGCUUACGUCCGUCAUGACGGUCAGCGGUGCCGGCGGUGGAAAUGUUGGAAUCGCAUCCGGUGGAAAGGAUGGUAAUGGCAAUGGUAAUAGUGGUGGUGCCGGCGGUGCGACUGGUUCGACGACAUCAGGUGGCAAUGCGACCAGCACCAGCCAGAAGACGAUUCAGGACUCGAUCCUGCGGCAUAUGAGCCGCGAGAUGACACCGACCAUCUCGGAGGUGUACCACGAGCGGAACAUUGGGCUCGGACUCGCACCAUCCCUGUCGAAGCUGCUGCUCAGUAAGAACUACGAUGAGGCGACCGAUCUUAAGGGACCACCCAAUGGAGCUAAUGGUGGCAAUGGCGUUGGUGGCAGCGUUGGAAGUUGUGGUGGUUCUUCAUCUUCAGCAUCGGCCGCUGCCUCAGCAGCAGCAGCAGCAGCUGCCUCGCUUCUCAACAAACCAAGUGCCGCCCUGACGGUGGGUAAUCUGGCCGAGGCCAUGAACGAGAUCGAGAUGAAUGCGACCACUUCGAGCAAGCUGGACGUUGAGGGUGCAUGCGGUAUCUGUAGCUCACCGUCCGAUCUGCUGUGUGGUUGCAGCGCAACGUCAACGGUUGCUGCGGUUGCUGCGAUGACGGCCGCACUCGGUGCUAGUACGAUCGCGGGCAAAAAGUCCAGCUCAAACAAGCCCUGGCUGAGCAACGUGUCGCCCAAUAUCGUGAAGGCGAGCGAUCUGACGACGGCCGACAUACUAGAGCAGCAGAAGCAACUCAAAUCCUCAUCCGUUGCCAGUGGUCUCACCAGCAAUCUGUCUUCCUCCACCGAGAACUCGCUGUCGACCGUGGUGAAGCGCAGUGGUUCCCCGUUCUCCGAUCUUUCGCGACGCGACGAGGGUGAUGGGCGCAGCGUGGCCGAUUCACAGUGUUCGGGUAGCUUCCGGACCGACAUUACCGGGUCCACGGUAACGACCUCCAAGAGCAGUCACAAUCAGCAACAGCAACAGCAACAGCAACAGCAACAGCAACAGCAACAGCAGCAGCAACAGCAGCAGCAACAACAACAACACCAGUCUGGAUCUCUCGGCAUAAGCAAUGAGCAUCUGAAUGGUCAAUCGCAGCAACCACAGCAGUCAUCAACGUUGUCCGUUUCGGUAUCCAGCGUUACCCAGCAACGCUCGAAAUACAUUAUCGAUACGUGAUACGUGACACUCGGUGGUCUGCGCGUGUAAAGAAGUAUUGUACAGGAUUUAGAAUUUUUCGCUUAGGCUUAGUACUGUUGUAGGAGCGCGUUCGCGGAUAGAAGUUGUACAGAUUUUUCGCUUGACAUUAAAUGUAACGUAUAGUUAGUGGUAGCACAUGGAACUGAUUAGCCAUUUAGGUAGAAGCAUACCCUCCCAGUAUGGGAUUAACUAGAUGAUCCCGUGCAGUGGAGUUCUGAAGAGCGGGUGAAUAAAAAGCGAAUAGCAAGCUAAGCAGUGUGCAACAUGAUAUUUAUGUUGCCGCUGUUACCGUACCAUACAAAAAAAACCGAGAUGGUCAUAGAAUCAGAAGUCGUUCUUUCA